AUGAUCAUUGGAAAUGACAUGAGAACAGCAAGGAAGAUCAUGGACGAUGGACAUAUCGUUGAGAAAAUUUUGCGCACAUUGUCUGACAAAUACAAUUAUAUUGUGUGCUCAAUCGAAGAGUCCAAAGACAUCAAUACGAUGAUAGUAGAUGAGCUGCAUUGUUCGUUGCUUGUCCAUGAACACAAGAUACAAAGGAAAAAAGUGGUUGAACAAGCGUUAAAAGUCAUAGACGAUAACUCUGCUCCCCAAGCCUAUGAACAAUCUAGUAGAGGUAGAGGGCAUGGUGGAUAUAGGGGAAGAGGAAGAGGUAGAGGCAGAGGUCAAGGGAGGGCAUUCUACAAAUCCAUUGUUGAGUGCUAUCGAUGUCACAAGUUGGGACACUUCUAG